GCACUUCCGCAAUCAACCGUUUCCGGUAAGGAAGUUGUCCGUUUAUAAUAAAUGUCAGUUCGUUGUGGAUUUAUUUUGCAACUUUCAACAUUAUAACUUCAUUUUAACUUCAGAAGUUUUGAAAACAACACUGUAGCAUCCCUGAAUCCAUGGAAACGCCAGAGCAGGGGCCAGCAGAUGGAGAGGAGCGUCUGGUGGAGCUGCGACCCCGGACACGUUCAAACCCUGAAGGUGCAGAGGACCGCCGCAGCAGCACGGGCAGCCUUGGAGGAAACAGUAACCCCAACAUCCCUCAGCCUGCCGUGGGGAGUCGUGUAGAAGGGGAGGGCGAAGCUUCCACUAGUGACAGUCCCCCUAGUUCCACCACCACGACCGUCUCGGCGGCUGCAGCUCAGACCGUAUCUCCAGCUACAACAGUUACAGCAGCCGCCGCAGCCAGCGCCACUGUGCCCAUGUCCACCGCUGCUGUCGCCAAAGAGAGGCCGAAACCUGCGCCACAGCAGCCGUCUCUAACAACAGUUCCUCCGCCUGCAGAGUAUCAGCUCAGAGUUCCUCGUGUCAACUGUCCAGAGAAAGUGAUCAUCUGCUUAGACCUUUCUGAGGAGAUGUCUUUAUCGAAGUUGGAGUCUUUUAACGGAUCUAAAACUAAUGCACUGAACAUCUGUCAGAAGAUGAUAGAGAUGUUCGUCAGAACCAAACACAAGAUUGACAAACGGCAUGAGUUUGCUCUGGUGGUGGUGAACGAUGACGCUCUGUGGCUGUCAGGCUUCACCUCUGACCCCAGGGAGCUGUGCAGCUGUCUGUACGACCUCGAGACCAACGUGUGCGAGUCCUUCAAUCUGGAGGAUCUUCUUAAUGUGAUACGUCAGAAGAUCGAGCUCCCACUGAUGGAUAACGUUCAGACCAUCCCUCCUCCGUAUGUGGUGCGGACGGUGCUCAUCUACAGCCGACAAGCAGGACAGCUUCAGUUCAACCCUUCAGAGGCUUUUAGUAAAAUACUGCAGUCUCCGUAUUUCUUCUUCGAUGUGGUUUACCUGCACAACGGGGCGGAGGAGCAGGGGGACGACACCAACUGGAGGGACAACUACGCCUCGUUCUGCAACCUGGACUCAAAGGGCAUGUGUUACCGCUUUGAGGUUUCCCUCUGCGGACCUGCCAUCGAGCUGCACAACUGCAUGGCCAAACUCCUGGCUCAUCCUCUGCAGAGACCUUUUCAGAGCCACGCGUCGUACAGCCUGCUGGAGGGGGACGACCCCCAGGACAUUGAGGCAACCGUCUGAAACCGCACACACUCAUAACGCCCAGAGAAACUCACACACUGUAGAUUUUUCCAUGCACACGUUAUUUCUGAGGGUUUUCUCCACUUGCCACUAAACCAUUUGGGAAAAUCAAGCAGAUAUAAAAAGACACAGGAGGAGUCAACAUGUGAUAACUCAUCCAUUGUGUUUCAUUGAACAAAUCAUUGAGUCAUCAGCUUUUUUAAGCAGAGGAAGUCAUAAAAGGAUCUGAUUGUUAGCUGUCAAAGUGCUGUAAGCUUCCUGGAGGUGAAGUUAUGAAGCGAGUUUCAGAGUUCAGGAGGAGGACAGAGGUAGAAGGAGAAGUAAUGAAAGACAGAAAUGAGGAAAAGCAACGGUUAAAGCCGAGACCACACUGACCUGUCUGUACAUAUUAAAGGUUUACACCCCUGCAAACAAGUUACAGUACUCAUAGCUGGCCUUGUCUUAGCUAGAAACUUUAUCACAAUGAACUGAAUCACAGAGGUCACCACGUCUGUAACACUGCCUUUUGUUUUAGUUGAUCAUUUCCACCUUCUGUUGCCUGUUUUAAUGUGAUUUUUAUUUUAUGAUGGGCUUGUUAUUUUUUGUAUAUUACACAGACAACAGAAGAAUGUUCAGGAAUGUAAAGGGGGCUCCUCUUUGAUAAUGAGAAAGGACUGAUAGUGUAAAAAAAACGCCCCUGAAGCUGCGAGUGUAGCUGCACUUGAAACACACUGUACAGAUGAGAUCGUUGAAGCUGUUUAUGGACAUUAAAAAGAGUUUGUUUAAUCUG